AUGCCUUUUAUUUUUAAUAUAACCAAUUACAGCCUAUGGAAAGCUGUACCAUUUGUGGUAGUAAAUGUACAAGCAACAUUUUUAUGGAACAUUACUGAUGUAAUGAUAAUGUGCAUAAGUAUUUAUUUGACAGCAUAUUUACAAGAUUUGAAUAAAAUUAUAUAUGACAAUGAAAAAUCGAAAUCAGUUCGUUGGGAAGAAAUAAGAUUGCUCUACUCACAUCUCGUCUCUUUGGUCAAAGAAGUUGAUUCAAGAUUCUGCUAUCUGGUGCUGCUGUCAUUUUUCAUAAACCUGUUCUUCAUCUCGCUGCAGUUAUUCAAUAGUUUGACUGUAUUGCAUUUGACAUACUAUAUUUACUCGUUUACGUUUCUGAUGACGAGAGCUAGUGUGAUGUGUUUACUCGCGGCGAACGUAUACAGGGCCGCACAGGAGCCGCUGUUUGUUAUUGAACAUGUUCCCGCAUCUGAGUAUACGCUCGAGAUUCAAAGAUUCAUUCGUCAGAUUCGUUAUACAACGACCGCGCUGAGUGGUGUCUACUUUUAUGUCACGAGAAGUACUUUGCUGAAGGUAGUUGGAACUCUUUUAACGUAUGAAUUAGUUUUGUUGCAAUUUAAUAUAAAUAUAUACAAAGGCUCAACAUAA